UGAAGCAUAAAUCAUUAUCCCCAACAAGAUUUGAUAAAAAAAAGUGUAAGAAAUAAAAGAACAGAGUUUUGAGAAAAUGGAGGAGCAGAGGAGCAAAGUGACAUUACAUGGGAUGUGGGUAAGCACAUACUCAAAGAAGGUAGAAAUCGCCCUUAAACUCAAAGGCAUACUCUAUGAGUAUGUCGAAGAAGAUCUUCAGAACAAGAGUGAAUCGCUGAUUCAACUCAACCCAGUGCACAAGAAGAUUCCUGUUCUUGUCCAUAAUGGGAAACCAGUGGCUGAAUCACUUGUGAUUCUUGAAUACAUCGAUGAGACGUGGAAGAACUCUCCUCGUUUCUUUCCAGAGGAUCCUUAUGAAAGAGCCCAGGUCAGGUUCUGGGUCAGCUACAUCAACCAACAGGUGUUUGAGGUCAUGGGUCAAGUCGUGUUUCAAGAGGGUGAAGCUCAAGCAAAGUCUGUAGAAGAGGCAAGAAAGAGAGUCCAAGUUCUUGAAGAGGGACUCAAGAAGCAUUUCCCGAAUAAAAACAUCAGAGAGAAUGAUGAUGUAGGGCUUUUGGAAAUCACCAUCAUUGCUACUUUUGGAGCCCACAAAGCCUAUCGUGAAGCACUUGGUGUAGAGAUAAUUGAUCCAGUGAACACUCCGACUUUAUACAACUGGAUAGAACGUCUGCAAGAUCUGACUGUGAUGAAAGAAGUCGAAGUGCCUCGUGAUAAGUUGGUGAACUUUCUCCAAAACUAUAGACAAAAGCUUCUCCAGCAGGCUGCAAGUGCGUAAUUAGAUCAAGAUGUUGGUCUAGUGAUGAAUCAUCUAGAUUCAAUAUUGUCUCAGAGGAUAACAGAUUGAGUGUUAGAUUACCGUUUGAAGUAAGAAAUAAUUCCUUGAGACAGUUAUUUAUGGACUUGUGUAGCUACUAAUGUAUGAUAAUGAACUAAAUAAAGCAUUUUUGGUAUA